UUGUGUUUAGUUCAGAUGUAUUCAGAGCCGUAGAAGAAGACCCGUGUGUUGUUCCUGUCGCGGUGUGUCUUGAGCUUCUCACUGCACAUCAGUAUUAUAAUUUUUCAAUAAUGUCUAUUGAAAUAGAGUCAGCAGACGUUAUUCGUCUGAUCAUGCAGUACCUGAAGGAAAACAACUUGCAGCGGACUUUAGCAACUCUCCAGGAGGAGACGACGGUGUCUCUCAACACAGUGGACAGUAUUGAGAGUUUUGUGGCAGAUAUCAACAGCGGUCACUGGGACACUGUGCUUCAGGCUAUACAGUCCCUCAAACUCCCUGACAAGACCCUCAUUGACCUUUACGAACAGGUUGUUCUUGAGCUGAUUGAGCUCCGAGAGCUGGGAGCUGCCAGAUCUUUGUUGAGGCAGACUGACCCCAUGAUCAUGCUGAAACAAACCCAACCUGAGCGAUACAUCCACCUGGAGAAUCUUCUAGCACGCUCUUACUUUGACCCCAGAGAGGCCUAUCCUGAUGGCAGCAGUAAGGAGAAGCGUAGAGCAGCUAUAGCUCAGGCUCUUGCUGGUGAGGUCAGUGUGGUACCACCAUCACGUCUGAUGGCUCUGCUUGGACAGUCUCUGAAGUGGCAGCAGCAUCAAGGUCUUCUGCCUCCCGGUAUGACCAUUGAUUUGUUCAGAGGUAAAGCAGCUGUGAAAGACGUCGAGGAGGAACGAUUCCCCACUCAGCUGGCCAGACACAUCAAGUUUGGUCAGAAGUCUCAUGUCGAGUGCUCGCGCUUCUCUCCUGAUGGCCAGUAUCUGGUUACUGGAUCUGUGGAUGGAUUUAUUGAAGUAUGGAACUUCACUACUGGAAAAAUCAGAAAGGAUCUGAAGUAUCAAGCUCAGGAUAACUUCAUGAUGAUGGAUGACGCAGUGCUGUGCAUGUCUUUCAGUCGGGACACAGAGAUGAUGGCCACAGGAGCCCAGGAUGGCAAGAUUAAGGUGUGGAAGAUCCAGAGCGGUCAGUGUCUGCGGCGAUAUGAGCGUGCUCACAGUAAAGGUGUCACCUGUAUCAGCUUCAGUAAAGACAGCAGUCAGAUUCUCUCUGCAUCCUUUGAUCAGACCAUUAGGAUUCAUGGAUUAAAAUCAGGCAAGUCUUUGAAGGAGUUCAGAGGUCAUUCUUCGUUUGUGAAUGAUGCCACACUUACUCCUGAUGGUCAUCACAUCAUUAGUGCCUCAUCUGAUGGAACUGUGAAGGUCUGGAACGUGAAGACCUCAGAAUGCACCAGCACAUUCAAAUCUUUGGGCACGUCUGCGGGAACCGACAUCACUGUUAACAAUGUGAUCCUGCUUCCUAAAAACCCUGAGCAUUUUGUUGUGUGUAACCGAUCCAACACUGUUGUCAUCAUGAACAUGCAGGGCCAGAUUGUGAGGAGUUUCAGCUCUGGUAAGAGAGAGGGUGGUGAUUUUGUAUGCUGUUCUCUGUCUCCACGUGGCGAGUGGAUCUACUGUGUCGGCGAGGACUUUGUGCUUUACUGUUUCAGCACAGUCACAGGCAAACUAGAGAGAACCCUGACCGUUCAUGAGAAGGAUGUCAUUGGUAUUGCCCACCACCCACACCAGAAUAUGAUCGCCACAUACAGUGAGGAUGGGCUUCUCAAACUCUGGAAGCCAUAACGAAAGAUGUGAUCUGUGUAAUAUGGGGAUUUGGAUUGGUUGGGGCGGGAAGAAGAACACAAUUAGAAUAUGUUGCCUACUUUUUAACCCUUUUUUGUACAUACCUGUUUUUUUUAAGUGCAGUUGAUAAGAUUUUCUAAUUUUUUUCAUGGAGUUAAAUUUGGCAAAUGGAAGCAUCUGUAAUUAAUAGUAAGUUUUGUUUUUUUGGUCCAACAGUAGAUCAUUUUUUCUUGUCAUUCUCUUCCUUUGUCACAUAAUUAAAGCAUUUGACCACAAGUUGUCUUGCACAUUGAAAAGCUAGAGGUGUUAAUUAAAAAAAAAAAAACAUGGAUAUCUGUAAUCAGUUAGUCACCCCUGACAUUAAAAUUCGUAAUCAUAAAAAUGUUCACA